AUGCAAGGCGUCCACCGCUACGGGCUGCUAGCUGAAGGCGGAGUAAGACUAGAAUUGACUCCAACCACCACCUCACCACUCUCCUUAGACGUGGCGGAGUCAACGGAGAUGCGUAUCCAGCGCCUAAUCUCUGAAAAUCCAGUGCUCAUCUUCAGCCGUCCUUCGUGCUGCAUGUGCCACGUCAUGAAACGCUUGCUCUUCACCAACGGCGUGCACCCCACCGUCAUCGAAUUGGAGGAGGACGAAAUCGGAGCUCUAAAUAACAAACAGGUCGCCGCCUCCGCCUCAGCCUCAGACUCAGCCGGCGGCGAUGGCGAAGUUGGAAGCGGAGGUGCACCGGCGUUAUACAUAGGAGGUGCACUUGUUGGUGGGUUUGAAAGUCUCCUGGCACUCCAUUUGAGCGGUCAGCUCGUGCCUAAGCUUAUUGAAGUUGGUGUUCUUGAAAAUAAUAUGGUAUUGUAA